AUGUCGGACCCGGUAACGUACGGCGACCUCGAGGGUUGGACUAUCGGCGCCAUCGUCCUCACUGCGAUAUGGAUCUUGCCGCUGGCCAUUGUCUUCUUCAUCGGCCUGUGCACUGCCCGUCGCAGGGGUGAUCCGGCACGGUCUGGUCUGUCCUGGAUGAAGGGCAGCUUUCCACUCUUCAUAAUGGCUCUCCUUUUUUAUACCGUAUCAGCUGGCCUAGCCCUGUGGCUGCUAUACGACCAGUCCUCCAGCAGCCGAUCCAGCUGCUCCUAUUCCUCUUCCUCGUGCUAUAACUUUUACCUGUCUCUCUCAGAAGCUUCGUCUCGUCUGUACGAUGUUGCUCGCUUUCUCGAGUACAUGGCCGACAUCUUCCUCCUGGUCGCCUUCGUCGAGAUGUCGAGUGGAUUCCUGCUCUGCCGGAGCGGCAGCGCCGCCCCGCCGGCGCUGCACAAGCGAGUGCGCUGGGCCGUCUGGGGCUGGGCCAUCUUCUUCUUCGUCCUCGCCAUUGCGUAUUUUGGCUUCUCGCAGGGCUACUGGACUAACAGCGCUAAAUACGCCCGAAACCCUAGGACCUCGGGCGUGACGGCUAAGAAGCUGGCCGAUGACACCCUGACACGAGUCAGACUUAACGGCGCUCUCGAGAUCCUGCUGUGGAUUUCCUGCCUGCCGGUUCUUGCCUACGUCAUCUUCGCGUUCGUCAAGUCAACCAAGAACAGACUCAUGCGCAACUCUCUUAUCCUCUUCCUCGUUGCAAUGAUCCUGAACUUUGUCCGUCUGCUGUGCAACAUGGCCAUCUUCUCGUCCUUGUAUCUCCAAGACAGCAACUCCAUCUCUGGCCUUGCCUCGAACGUCGACCUGCGGACGAGGUACACGGUGUCGCUCAUCGUCGCGCCCCUGUUCGACUUCCUGCCCCUGUUCGUCCUGCUGGUGCUCCUCUUCACGCUCUCCAUCCGCAAGGAGGGCGGCUUGUGGUCGACCCCGAACCAGCCUCCAUGGGCCGUCUCCAGCAGCGCACCGCCGGCUCCCCACGUCGCACAGGCAUACUCGACUCAGGCGCCCGCCCCGGCAUGGAACGGCCAGCCCCAGUACCAGUACCCGCAGCAGCAGUACCCGCCUCAACAGCAGUACCCGCCCCAACAGCAGUACCCGCAGCAGUACUUCCAGCAGCAGCAACAGCCGCCCGCGCCCGGCGCCUUCCAGCAGCCGCCUCCCGCGGCCUACCAACACGGCGGCCCCCCGCCGCAGCAGCCGUCGCCGCAGGCGCAGCCGGCUAUCGUCGAGCAGAAGCCCUACACCCCCACCCCGCCGAACCAGGCCGAGCUGUACACGCCGCCGCAGACGAAGGAGCAGCCGCACCAGUAG